CCGGAACCCAGGCGAGUCCAGCGUCUGCUCGUUAGUCCCUGCAAUUGCCACAGAGCCUGAAAGCCUACUGUCCACAACUGUCGUUCUCGUGGAGCAUGACGCCCGGCCUGCUAGCGCACACUGUCUCCUUCCUCUCAUGCGAUUUUGCCGUCGCCUUCCUCCCGGCCUCGUACUUUCGCUGCCGCUUCCGCUCAUCAGACGGCGAGCAGCUCGCGAUCACUGCACCUUCGUGCGUUGCGGUGGGUGCUUUCGCUCUGUCCCUCUUCGCCGACCAUUGCGGGACGUGGUUGCGACUGCUGGCCGUGGCCGCGGCGCAGGCCGCGAGCAUCGCCAUCCUCUGGCCCUGGCGCUGGCGACUGGUCGGCGGCUUGCUCGGCCUCUCGGCGGCGGCUCUGACCAAAGCACACGAGAGUGAGCACACGCUCGCGGGCGGAUGCGCGCUCGCAGUCGCGGCUGCAGCUAUCGCCGCUGCCCCAGCCGCAGCUUCGCUCGCUGCCAUGGCCCUCGAGCGCCCGGCUGCCGCUUCGGCGAGCAUUGCUGCCGUCGCGGUCUGUGCGUCGCACGGCAGCGCUGUCUGGCGGGCCGUGCGCCACUUGCUCCUCGUCGAGGAGGUCGGCCUCGCCCACGCGUCCGCGCGCCGCGUCCUGGGCGCCGACAGCCUCGAGACACACCUCUCGACGCUCGCGCUCACCACGCUGCACUGCCAGCUCGCCCUCGGCCAGCUGGGCGUGACGCUGCUCCUCGCCGGCGGAGGUGCAGCGGGCGGCCCGCCGCAGCUAUCCGCAGCUGACUUCGGAAGGCACGCCCUCCGCUUCAUGGCCGUGGUCGGGCUCCCCUACCUGGCGCAGCGGACCGCCGUGGAGUCCAUCAACGCGCACCUCGAGCGCACCUUUCUCCACCGGCUCACGUACUCUCUCUCAGUCCAGCUCGUGCUCGCGGACGGAGAGUCUCUCCUAGAAGGAGAGAGCCUCGCCGCCACGGCCCGCUCCAACCUGACGCUGGACGCACACGCGGACGCCCUCAAGGAGAGCGUGCACACCAUCUUCUCUCUCGCCGAGCGGAAGCUCUUCUCCCUCCCAAAGAUGGCGCUACUCCCCUCGGUCCUCCUCCGCCACCCGCGCCUCGCCCUCGCCGGGCUUCCGAUCAUCCUCGGCCUCGACGCCGCCAAGUCGGCGCUCCACGCGGCGCUGACCGACGCCUUCGAGGAGCACCGCAAGGCGGAGAAGCGCGCCGACUCGCGCUUGGCGCGCGUGGCGGCGCAGCUGACGGCGGCCGGCUCGCUCGAGCUCGCGCGCGAGCGGUGGGGCGAGGUAGCGCUGCAGGCGCAGGCGGAGGAGCGGUGCAAGCACGUGAUCAACGCGCUGCGCAACUGGAUCGGCUGGCUCUACUGGCAGGACGUCCUUCACCCGUCGAUUGAGGUUGGCAUCGCCUGGCUGCUCGAGGCGGGCCACGUCGGAGUCUCUGAGAUCUGGCUCUACUCGCGCGCGCAGCUCGCUUCCGUCCGCCGCAACUCGGUCGAGCUCGUCGCGCUGCACGCGGCGGUCGCCGAGGCGCAGGCGGCAGCUCGAGUCCGCUGCAGCUUCGGUGACGAGCACGGCGGCGACACUUCAGCGACCGUGCGCGUGCGGUGCGAGUUCACGCGCGGCGCUUCUCGCGUGGUCGUCGGCAGCGGCGGGGAGAGCGUCGAGCUCCGCCCGUCGGUCUACGCGCUGUUUGGCCCAAACGGGAGCGGCAAGAGCAGCCUCCUCGCACUCCUCUCCUCGUGCGCUCGCGGCGGGGCCCUGCCGGCCGGGCUGGCGCUGGCCGGCGAGUGCGACGUGCAGCUGCGCCUCUCCGCCGACGACAUCGUCGAGGAGUGUAGCGGGCAGCGCGCCAAGCUGGAGCUGGUGCGGUCGGUGCUGCUGCGUCCCGUUUGCCCGAGGCUGCUGCUGCUCGACGAGUUCUUCGCGCCCCUUUCGGCGUGGAGCAAGGCGCUCGUGGCGGGCAGGCUGCGCGCGGCCUGCCCCGACAGCGUCGUUGUGGUCGUCUACCACCCAGACAGCAUGCCCGAGGCGGGCGAGGGAGAGGCGGCCGACGCGCUCUGCGAUCUCGCGGGAGGUGCUUUCUUCGACGCGUUCAUGGAGGUGCGCGACGGGAAGCUGCUUCCGCCAAAGCCGUGCCAGGCCGCAGCGAGAAUCGACAGCGAAGCCCAAGCGAAAUAGACACGCUUUGUGUUGUAUAUUAUUGAGGGAAUCGUUUAAGCCU